AUGGAAGAAUGGCUUUCUAAUUUGAAAGAGUUAAACUUGAAUUCUGAUCAAAUUUUGGCACUCGUAAUGGAAAAGAUUAGAGAGAAAACAAAGCUUGUUGAAGAGAUGCAAAACGAAACUCUAAAGAGAACCAAGGAAAUUGAAUGGUUGCACUCUGAGUUGGUAACACAAGACAAGAAGAGAAAGGCUGAAACAGCUCUUAAGAAAGAGCCAGUUGAAUCUAAAAAGGUAAAGAAGGAAGCUCCAAGAGUGAAGGAAAUUGCAUGUGAUGAUAUGACUACAAGGAUUCUUGGAUUUCUACCAGGCUUACAAGGUUUUAAGCUAUUGUUGGUUUCAAAGCAAUUCUUAAGGGCUGUUGAACAAUUGAAAUCCUACUAUUAUUGCGAUGGAGAUGAUGUUACUUCAUUUUCCGAAUCAAUAUUCUUCAAACACUUAAAUAUUGUUGAUAUUGUGCCAGAAGGGAUGCUAAACUUUGGAGAGAUGCUAACAAAAGUAGACGAAAUCAAAGAAUUAAGAUGCAAACCAAAGGGCAAAUUUUAUGCUUCUCUGUUUUCAAAAAAGUCAAGAAUAGAGAAAAUUGUAAUUGAGGAGUCUUGUCAUAGUGUUGAGCUAGAUUCUUUCAAUCUCUAUAAUCUACAAGAACUUAGUGUUCAUUUCCUUGAUGUAAUCAGUAAUAUUUCAAAGUUUGUUAAUAACACAACUCAUUCUUUGAGAGUAUUGAAAAUUGACGCUGAUGAGGGUAUUGGUGGUAGUUUGUCUCCUAUUGCUUCAUUACCAGAAUUAGAAGAACUAUGUCUUACAAACAUUGAAAUUCUUCCCGAAACCAAAUUAUUUGAUAUUUUCAAAUGUAAAACAUUGAGAAAGUGCCAAAUAAGUACCUGUUCUGGCACUGACAUGGUUGAAAUACCUAUGAUUAACCUUGAAUGUCCAAACUUGGUGUCACUUAAUUUAAUAUCAAAGUUAAUGUUUUGUGAUAUUGUUUGUAACUUCAAAAUGCCAAAGCUUGCAACUCUUAAAUUAUCAGGGGUUACCAGAAGAGGAGCUGUUUAUCUUUCUAGUAAUGAAAGUCUUACAAAUCUCUGCAAUGUUGAAUUUUCUAAUCCUAAAGACGAAACCUACCAACUAAUGUUCCAGAAUCAGAACUUGAUCAGUCUAAAACAGCUCAUUCUAAGAGCUCAGCAAGAUACUGAAACACUUUCAGGCCUAUUAUUCCAUCUCUCAAAACAAGAAUCUCCAUUUUCGCUUGAAAAAUUGGUCAUUGAGAAAAGAAAACCUUCUCUUGAUGGUUUCGAUGUAUUUUGCUCCUCUGCCAAAUUUACAAAUCUCACCGAGCUUGUUAUUUCUUUACCUAGCUUCAUAAAGCAACUGAUGCUCUUGGCUGAAUGCAAACACUUUUCAAAUUUGAGAAAACUCUAUAUUGGGAAUCAUAUGGAUGUUGGACUAGAAACUAAUGAAAUUGAAGAGGUUAAACGUAUGGAAUUCAUUUCUCAAUUAAGCAAAAAUGAAACCUUCAAAAAUCUCAAAAAUCUCAAGUACUACAUCUCUGAUAACGACAUUGUAAUUUUAAAGAAUUCUUCUGUCAUUUCAUUAAAUGAACUCUGUAUUGGUAGAAAAGAUUUGCUAACAUCAUACGGAUAUAGACAUCUUUGUGAGUGGGGAAUUUCAUGGAAAAUUUGUCAAUAG